CCUGCUGCUCCUGGCUGUGGCCCUGCCUGCCAGGGCUGCCCAGGCUGCUCCGCUGCAAGCACGGCGAGCAGACUGGAAUCGUGACAUGGGUUUUCAGGAAGUCCUGAUGAAUGAUGGUUUGAAGUUCUUUGAGGAUGCUAGAGCUGAACCUGCUGGUGAAGGCCCCACAUCCAGGACUGAGGCUCUGGGAUAUGCUGAGGGUGUGUCUACAGGGAGGAGAUUCAUACGUACGUUGGUGGUUAUUGCCAACAAGACCAGUCUGCAUGGCAGGGUUCCUCCAAAGAGGAAGAUGCAAGACACAGCAGAGAAGAUAUCCCUGGAACCAUCCAAACAGAUGAGGCAAGUGUUGAAGAAAAUGCUGCAGGGAGGACAAGAAAUGAAAGGAGAGCCUGUGCAGAAGGAAGCAUUUCCCGGUGGAAGCAGUGGUUCCGUGCCAGCCUCUGCUGCAGGAAGGGAGGCCAUGCCAGGCACAGGCACAGGAGAUGAGGUUGCUUCUCCAUCAGCUUGGAUGAAUAAAGUUUUGAAGCCCUUGGAGCCUCCUGCAGAUGUGUCUACAGGGAGGACUUCUCCAGCUCCUACCUUGGAUUUUGCACUCAAGUCCAGCUACCAUCACAGUGGGAAAGUCCAAGAUACAACAGAUAAGAUGUCCCUGCAACCAUCCAAACAGAUGAGGAAAGAGCUGAAGGAACCCCUGCAGACAAGAGAAGAGAUGGACAUAGUGCUUCAGUGGAAGGUGGCAAUUCCUGAAGGAAGCACUCCAUCUUCAAUGCGAGCCCCAGCUGCAGGAAGGAAGGCAAUGCCAGACACGGGCACAGGCACAGCAGACUGGGAUCCUGGGACGGUUCCUCCAUUAGCCUGGCGCUCUGAAGUUGUGAAGCCCUCUGGGCAUUCUGCAGCCGUGUCUGCAGGGACAACUCCACCAACUACUAACUUGGAUGCUGCACAUAAGCCCAGCUCCCAUGGCAGGGGUCCUCCACCAGAAGAGAUCAAAGACAUGGCAGACAAGAAAUUCCUGGACCCAUUAGAAAUCAUGUGGCAAAUGCUGAAGGAACGUCUGCAGAGAAGGCAAGAAAUGAAAGGAGAGCCUGCGGAGAAAGAAGCAUUUCCCGGAGGAAGCAGGGGCUCCAUGUCAGCCUCUGCUGAAGGAAGGGAGGCCAUGCCAGGCACAGGCACAGGAGAUGAGGCUGGGAAGGCUUCUCCAUCAGCUUGGAUGAAUAAAGUUUUGAAGCCCUUGGAGCCUCCUGCAGAUGUGUCUACAGGGAGGACUUCUCCAGCUUCUCCAGCUCCUACCUUGGAUGCUAUACGCAAGCCCAGCUCCCAUCACAGUGUUACUCCAACAGGGAAAAUCCAAGAUACAACAGAUAAGAUGUCCCUGCAACCAUCCAAACAGAUGAGGAAAGAGCUGAAGGAACCCCUGCAGACAAGAGAAGAGAUGGACAUAGUGCUUCAGUGGAAGGUGGCAUUUCUUGAAGGAAGCACUCCAUCUUCGGUGCCGGCCCCUGCUGCAGGAAGGAAGGCAAAGCCAGACACGGGCACAGGCACAGCAGACUGGGAGGCUGGGAAGGAUUCUCCAUUAGCCUGGCGCUCUGAAGUUGUGAAGCCCUCCGAGCAUUCUGCAGAUAUAUCUGGAGCAACGACUGCACCAACUCCUACCUUGGAUGCUGCACAAAAGCCCAGCUCCCAUCACAGGAGUCCUCUGACAGGAGAGACCAAAGACAUGGCAGGCAAGAAAUUCCAGAACCCAUUAGAAAUCAUGUGGCAAAUGCUGAAGGAAUGUCUGCAGACAAGACAAGAAAUGAACGGAGAGCCUGUGCAGAAGGAAGCAUUUCCCGGAGGAAGUAGUGGUUCCGUGCCAGCCUCUGCUACAGGAAGGGAGGCCAUGCCAGGCACAGGCACAGGAGACUGGAAUCGUGACAUGGGUUUUCAGGAAGUCCUGAUGAAUGAUGGUUUGAAGUUCCUGGAGGAUGCUGGAGCUGAACCUGCUGGUGAAGGCCCCACAUCCAGGACUGAGGCUCUGGGAUAUGCUGAGGGUGUGUCUGCAGGGAGGACUUUCAUACGUCCUUUGGUGGUUAUUGCUGACAAGCCCAGCUCCCAUGGCAGGGUUCCUCCAAAAGGGAAGAUGCAAGACACAAGUGACAGGAUAUCCCUGGAACGAUCCAAACAGACGAGACAAGUGCUGAAGGAACUCCUGCAGACAAGACAAGAAAUUAAAGGAAAGCCUAUGCAGAAGGAAGCAUUUCCCGGUGGAAGCAGUGGCUCCAUGCCAGCCUCUGCUCCAGGAAGGGAGGUGAUGCCAGGCACAGUCAAGGAAGAUGAGGUUGCUGGGAAGGCUUCUCCAUCAGCUUGGAUGAAUAAAGUUUUGACGCCCUUGGAGCCUCCUGCGGAUGUGUCUACAGGGAGGACUUCUCCAGCUCCUACCUUGGAUGCUGUACGCAAGCCCAGUUCCCAUCACAGGGGUUCUCCGACAAGGAAGAUCCUAUACACAACAGAUAAGAUAUCCCUGGAACAAUCUAAACAGAGGAGGCAAGAGCUGAAGGAACUCCUGCAGACAAGACAAGAGAUGGACAUAGUGCUUCAGUGGAAGGUGGCAUUUCUUGAAGGAAGCACUCCAUCUUCGGUGCCAGCCCCUGCUGCAGGAAAGCAGGCAAAGCCAGACACGGGGACAGGCACAGCAGACUGGGAGGCUGGGAAGGAUUCUGCAUUAGCCUGGCGCUCUGAAGUUGUGAAGCCCUCUGGGCAUUCUGCAGGCGUGUCUGCAGGGACGACUUCACCAACUCCUACCUUGGAUGAUACAGAAAAGCCCAGCUCCCAUGGCAGGGGUCCUACGACAGGAGAGACCAAAGACAUGGCAGAAAAGAAAUUCCAGGACCCAUUAGAAAUCAUGUGGCAAAUGCUGAAGGAAUGUCUGCAGAGAAGGCAAGAAAUAAAAGGAGAGCCUGUGCAGAAGGAAGCAUUUGCAAGAGGAAGCAGUGGCUCCAUGCCAGCCUCUGCUCCAGGAAGGGAGGCAAUGCCAGGCACAGGCACGGGAGAUGAGGUUGCUGGGAAGGCUUCUCCAUCAGCUUGGAUGAAUAAAGUUUUGAUGCCCUUGGAGCCUCCUGCGGAUGUGUCUACAGGGAGGACUUCUCCAGCUCCUACCUUGGAUGCUGUACGCAAGCCCAGUUCCCAUCACAGGGGUUCUCCGACAAGGAAGAUCCUAUACACAACAGAUAAGAUAUCCCUGGAACAAUCUAAACAGAGGAGGCAAGAGCUGAAGGAACUCCUGCAGACAAGACAAGAGAUGGACAUAGUGCUUCAGUGGAAGGUGGCAUUUCUUGAAGGAAGCACUCCAUCUUCGGUGCCAGCCCCUGCUGCAGGAAAGCAGGCAAAGCCAGACACGGGGACAGGCACAGCAGACUGGGAGGCUGGGAAGGAUUCUGCAUUAGCCUGGCGCUCUGAAGUUGUGAAGCCCUCUGGGCAUUCUGCAGGCGUGUCUGCAGGGACGACUUCACCAACUCCUACCUUGGAUGAUACAGAAAAGCCCAGCUCCCAUGGCAGGGGUCCUACGACAGGAGAGACCAAAGACAUGGCAGAAAAGAAAUUCCAGGACCCAUUAGAAAUCAUGUGGCAAAUGCUGAAGGAAUGUCUGCAGAGAAGGCAAGAAAUAAAAGGAGAGCCUGUGCAGAAGGAAGCAUUUGCAAGAGGAAGCAAUGGUUCCAUGCCAGCCUCUGCUCCAGGAAGGGAGGCAAUGCCAGGCACAGGCACAGGAGCUGAACCUGCUGGUGAAGGCCCCACAUCCAGGACUGAGGGUCUGGGAGAUGCUGAGGUGUGCCUGUGCAGAUCAGCAGAGAUGGCAGAAGUUUCUGUGGCUGUUGAGUUACAGGUGUGUCUGCAGGGAGGACUUCUCCAGCUCCAGGGCUGGGUGCUUGGCCCCAACCCAGCUCCCAUGGCAGGUCCUCCAAAAGGGAAGACCCAAGAUACUGCAGCUAAAAUGUCUCAUGACUCAGGUGAAUUCCUGAGACAAACACAGAAGGAAGCACCCGGAGGACAAGUGAUGGACCAAAAGGCUGUGCAGAAGGAGGAACAGCCAGGGAGAAGCAGUGGCUCAUUGGCAGCCCUAGCUGCAGGAAAGAAGGCAAUGACAGACACAGGCACAGGCGCAGCAGAUGCAGGCAGCACCACAAGACCUGUUCCCGAUGCCCAGGAUGGCCUCAGAAGGGGUUUCUGUCAGGGAACCAGCUGCUGGCUAGGGUUACUGGGAGGCAUGCUUUAUUUGGAGUUUGUCUUCAUGAUGUGCUGCAUUGGAAUCUGGUAUUCUUGGAACAGAAAACAGAGCACCUCUGGACAGCAGUUGGAAGACGGUGGCUGCACCUCACACCCAGACAGCGUGAGCAGCUCCUCCAGCAGCAGGAACGGCCUGGACAGCCCUCUCAAGUCUUCUGUGAAGAGGACCCCAGAACAACCGUCUACGAGGAAGCCUCUUAUUGCCCCAUAGAUCCCACUGCCACCUGCUCUCCCCAUGGGCCUCCCCAAGCUGCCUUCAUCCCUUUUUUUAUCUUUGUCUGUCCCAUCCCAGCCAACCCGAGUUCCUCUAGAGACCCCAGGACCAGCCCAGCACCUUCCAGCCCUUCCUGAGACCAACACAUCCCUUCCUCUGCCCCUGAGCCCCCUGGCCUUGCCCUCUAAGAAACACUGAAGGUGACACCCCACCCCACCCUCCCCCCCCCCCACUUGCAGAGUAGGCAAUGGCCUAUUCUUCUGUUUAAAUAAAGAGAUGGAUCCGUGUUGUGGUUUGAAAUCAAAA